CAGGAUAAGCAGGCAAAUGUAUCACUUUGUGGCUGAGCAAACACCCGAACUACGACUCGCUAGAAAUGUGCUCGUUGGCAGUCAGACAACACAGUACCUGAAGAGUUUUCAGCUAGAAGCGGUGCGUUUUCUCUACGACCGGCUGUCCAAACAAGACUUUUGCAUAUAUAACGAUGAGAGCGGCUUGGGAAAGUGUGCAUCAGUUGUUGCGCUCCUAGGUGCAAUUGGAGCAUGUAAAAAGACACUCAUUGUAACACAGAACGAUGAUCAUUUGCUGGCUGGCUGGCAAUUUCAUCUGGGCGUGCUCACAGACUUGUCUGUCUGUCUUAUAAAGGAUAUUAAGGAUAGCACUGCAUCGCCACAUAGCGUUUAUUUAGCCAAGUGGAGCGUGCUGCGCGGCUUAGGUGACUUAAGACAACUUAAGUUUGACUACAUAAUUGUGGAUCAUCGCGGACAUAUGCUAAAUAAUAACUUUUGCACUUCUAUGUUGCUGAAACGUUAUGAGCGUAAAAUCAAUAUUGUGAUCUCUAGCGUGGACAUAACCUCUGAUAUAAAAUUAUUGUACAACGUGCUGCGCUUAGGUGGUCGCCUGGAACAUCAGUACAACAGUUUUCGUAGCUUUGAGCGUAAAUUUAAUUUGCCAGAUGUUAAGGAUGUGUUAAGCAAACGCGUCGAUUUGGAGGUUUAUUACAAGCAGCGUGGCAUUAUAGGCGAAUAUAUCAAAAACUUUCGCCUGCGCCGCUAUCGCCAUCAAUUUGAGGCAUAUUUACCGCUAGUCUCAGUUGAGCAGUAUACAACUAAUCUUAGCAAUUGGCUGGGUGAGAACAACAGUAACAGCACUAUUAGUGGCUCCACUAUAGCAUCUACGACAUCAACGCGUUCCACGGGCGACACAGAUGAAAUUUUCGAGUGCUUAAUGAGUAUAAAAAAAGAGCACGAGGCAGCAAAGCUUGAGCAAAUAGACAACAUAUCGAUAUCAGACUGCAGCGAAGAAGUGGUAGCCAUGGAACCAUUAGUGUUUGAAAUGUCUGAGCCAGAAACUGAAGCAGAUGCUGCAUCUAAAUCUAGCACAGAGGUAGUGCUUGUGUCCAGCGAAGAUUGUGAUAUUGUUACGCCUCCCAUAACACCGCCCUUGCUUGCAGCACUGACGAAACCUGAAGCAACAAUUAAGCCAAAAACAAAAUGUGCUAAGCGAGUGAAGAAUAUUGAGGCACAGCCGAGGGAAUCUUCCAGAAGUACUCGUAAUUGUAAUGUAAGACUAACACGGCUAAAUUUGGCAGCAGACACUUUGAAAAUAUCUGCAAGGAAAACAGAUAAGCAAGUGCAGAAUCCACAAGAGCCAAAGGAUGGAAAAGCCAAGACGCAAGCGAUUACGCCAAAAACCGAGCCUAGAUCAAAUCGUGGCGAAAAUAUUGGCCGCCGAGAGACUCGUAGCAUGCAACGACUCACGCGAUCAGCUGAAGCGACCAUUAGCAACAAAUAUAUUAACACCACCAUGGCCUUGGACUUUGAGAAGACACCAAAGUCCAGCAGAAAAUCUAGGCAUCCAAUAAAGAAAACGGCAAACAAGCCAGAAUCGACAGAGAAAAUGGUGAAACCAAAUAAAAUAGUGACAAAAAAGAUUGAAAAGGAAAAUCUAGAAAGCGUACCUGAUGCAACACCACAGCUAUUAAGCGCAAGUUCGUUUUCCUCCGACUCGUAUAUGCAGUGUGCGCAAAAACUGCCAGAGAAUCUGUCUGAUAUGGCGCCUUUGCCUACACCCGAGUUUCGAGUGCCAAGCAUACCACAAUCGCCACUGUUGCUGCACACCUCGACCAAUUUAUUCAAUGAUUCGGAGUUGAUUAUGCUGCCCAGCUUAGAGCCGCCGUCAGAUGUGGUGGUUAUCAAUAGUUCGAUCGAUGAAAGCCAGCCGCAGUCACAGCAGUCUACAAAGCAAUUGCCAAGUCGACGCACCAGAGCACUAAAAAGGAAACCCAAAGCCAAAACGUCGCCUAUCAAGCAACCUAGCACCUCAAGCUUUGGGCUGUUACUUGCGGAGCAGCGUAGGUCAGCCAAUAAAUCGCCAGAUAUAUUUAGCAACUGCUCGGACAUGUCACAGAUGUCGCUGGCUCAACCUUUGCCAUCUGCCUCGCCCUUUGAGGGCUUUAAAAUUUUUGGGAGCGAGGUCAAGCAUCUGCAGCAGCAACAUGCGCAAGCGACGCCUCCUAAAAAGAAACGGGAGCGCAGCUGUUUGGAUCUUCUGGAGCAAAUGUUUGAGCCGCCAAAUAAAAAACCCAGCAUGAAUAUGGUGCUGCCUAGUUUGCCUAGUCCCAAAAAAAAACUUCCGCAGCGACGCUUUACUUUGCUAGACGAGGACAUCUUUGAGAUUACCAACAAUGGUGAAUUUGGAAAUCGCUUGCGUCUCAAUGCCAAUGGCAAUGUUUCACCCGUGCACUACCAGCAAACGCAGCAGCCACAACCGCAGCGCAAUAAGAUAACCAACUAUUUAAUUAGCUCCGGCAACACACCCGAGGAAGCACAUUCUACACGCCUGCAGGCCAGUCCAGCUCAACGUAAAUCACCCAAAGCACUUAAGUCCACACAAUCUACGAAGCUAACACGCUGGUUUGGCAGCGUUACACAAUCACAAAGCGUACCAAACACGCCCAUUGUGCCGGCAGAGAAGCAGGCAAGUGCACGUGCCGCACGCAGUGGUGGCGCUACUAAACGCAAACGUCUAGAUCUCAAUAAAUGAUCUAAGAACAUGUUAAUCAAAAGACU